CUGCUCCUCUAUUUGGCGUACAAUCAAUCCCCCAACUUCUCUAUAGUAGAGACAGCUACUCUUCUGCCUCUGCUACCAUUUUCAAGCUUCAAAGUCCCACUAGCUACUUUCUGAUAUCUCUUUUUCACUGUUGGAUUUCUGAUUCUUGGAUAUAGUAUCAAUGGCUUCUGUUCUUAGAACCAGUUUUAUUCCACCACUCCAUUCUCAAGAUGGCCAUUCUUUUUCUGGUCUUCCAAAUUUAACCACCUCUAAGUUUCUCCCUGCUUACAACCACCAGCAAAAGUUCUCUGGUGUGACUUCUUCUCUGGAAAAUAAUGCAAAUGUUGAGAAAACCACUGUGGUGAAGGGAGGGCAGCAAACAAAUCAGCGUGGUGGGUUCAAUAAGCUCCUCAAUUUCUCAGGAGCAAAGCCUUCCACUCCCAUUUUGGACACCAUCAACUACCCUAUGCACAUGAAGAAUCUCUCAGUUGAGGAACUUGGGAUGUUGGCCGAUGAACUGAGAGAAGAGAUUGUUUACACAGUUUCCAAGACAGGUGGUCACCUGAGUUCAAGCUUAGGCGUAGCUGAGCUAACAGUUGCGCUUCACCAUGUUUUCAACACUCCUGAAGAUAAAAUCAUUUGGGAUGUUGGUCACCAGGCCUACCCACACAAGAUUUUAACUGGAAGGAGGUCAAGAAUGCAAACUAUUAGACAAACUUUUGGGCUUGCAGGCUUCCCUAAGAGGGAUGAGAGUGCACAUGAUGCUUUUGGAACUGGUCAUAGUUCUACUAGUAUUUCAGCUGGUAUAGGAAUGGCAGUUGCUAGAGACUUGAAAGGGGAGAACAACCAUGUAGUUGCUGUGAUAGGUGAUGGGGCAAUGACAGCAGGGCAAGCAUAUGAAGCCAUGAACAAUGCUGGUUACCUUGACAGUAACCUUAUCAUCAUUUUAAAUGAUAACAAACAAGUCUCUCUCCCAACUGCCACUGUUGAUGGUCCUGCUCUUCCUGUUGGAGCUUUAAGCAAAGCCUUAACAAAGCUGCAUUCCAGUAGAAAGUUUCGUCAACUACGCGAAGCAGCAAAGCAGGGUAUUUCCAAGCAAUUUGGAGGACAAACGCAUGAAAUUGCUUCAAAAGUUGACUCCUACAUUAGAGGAAUGUCGGGUGGUUCAGGGGCUUCCUUGUUUGAAGAACUUGGACUGUACUAUAUUGGUCCAGUUGAUGGCCAUAACGUCGAAGAUCUUGUUGAUAUUUUGAACAAGGUUAAGGAAAUGCCAGCACCAGGGCCUGUUCUCAUCCAUAUCGUCACAGAGAAAGGAAAAGGCUAUGCUCCAGCUGAAGUUGCUUCUGAUAAGAUGCAUGGCGUGGUGAAAUUCGAACCCACAUCGGGGAAGCAAUUGAAGGCGAAGUCGUCUACUCGUUCAUAUACCCAGUACUUUGCAGAGUCCUUAAUUGCAGAGGCAGAGACUGAUGAUAAAAUCGUGGCAAUUCAUGCUGCAAUGGGAGGUGGCACUGGACUCAAUUUAUUCCAGAAACAAUUUCCGGAAAGAUGUUUCGACGUUGGAAUAGCAGAGCAGCAUGCUGUAACCUUUGCUGCGGGCCUAGCUGCUGAGGGCUUAAAGCCUUUUUGUGCUAUUUACUCUUCUUUUCUGCAGAGAGGAUAUGAUCAGGUGGCUCAUGAUGUAGACCUUCAAAAGCUACCAGUGAGAUUUGCAAUCGAUAGGGCUGGACUUGUAGGCGCAGAUGGUCCAACCCACUGUGGAGCCUUUGACACAACUUUCAUGGCUUGCUUACCAAACAUGGUCGUUAUGGCCCCUUCUUGUGAGAGCGAGCUUAUGCACAUGGUGGCCACAGCUGCAGCCAUCGAUGACCGGCCUAGUUGCUUCAGAUACCCCAGAGGAAAUGGCAUUGGCUCUAUUCUCCCAGCAAACAACAAAGGGACACCAUUGGAGGUUGGCAAGGGAAGAGUGCUAAGAGAGGGAAGUAGGAUAGCUAUUCUAGGUUAUGGAACAGUGGUUCAAAGCUGUCUAGAAGCAGCAGAGCUUCUACAAGUCCUAAAUGUCUCAACCACCGUGGCUGAUGCCCGAUUCUGCAAGCCUCUUGAUGGAAAUUUGAUCAGACAACUAGCUCAAGAACAUGAUGUCCUCAUCACAGUUGAAGAAGGGUCUAUUGGAGGAUUCAGCUCUCAUGUUUCUCACUUCUUGGGUUUGAAUGGAUUGCUUGAUGGCAAUCUAAAGUGGAGGGCUCUUAUGCUUCCAGAUAGAUACAUCCAGCAUGGAUCUCAGAAAGACCAAAUUGAAGCUGCAGGGCUAACUUCUAAGCAUAUAGCAUCUACUGCUUUGUCACUCAUUGGCAGACAAAGGGACAGCCUUCACUUCGUCAACCUAAAAUCUCCUUAGACGCACAAAUGUCUAAGUAGAGUGAUCAUCUCCAUAUGUACUAUAGGAUAUUAACAGCAAAUUUAUAUCCAUUUAAUUUUGUGUAAGUGGAAAUAUAGGAAUAGAUCUAGCAUUGUAAUAUGUUCUUUUAAGAAGGAAAAAUUGUAUCAUAAUAAAUUGUAAUAAGUAAAGAUGGUUUCAUUAAUAUUAUCAGAACAGAAGUAAAUUGUCUAAGAAAA